UUAUAUUCUAAACACAUUUUUUUCCCUGUGUGAUAUUAGCAUUGUCCACCUCAGGAGCUCUUUGGAGAACUGGAAUUCAGAAUCUCUCAGAUACUAGACGUCCAUCCCCUCCCCGCUUCAACUAGGCAGCCUCUUCAGACUAUCUGCCCAGAAUGGCAGGAAAGUCGGCAGCCUUGGUCUACCAUGCUCCAAAAGAGCAGGAAGGACUCAUAAUUGUGAAGGUCGAAGAAGAAAAUUAUGUUUGGGGGCAGGACUUUGGCCUUCAGGGCAAUGCCUAUAGUCAGGAGGCCUUCCGCCAGCGGUUCAGACAGUUCGGUUACUCUGACUCCGCGGGGCCCCGGGAGGCUCUGAGCCGGCUCCGUGAGCUGUGCUGUCAGUGGCUGAGGCCAGAGGUGCAUAGCAAGGAGCAGAUCCUGGAGCUGCUGGUGCUGGAGCAGUUCCUGAGCAUCCUGCCGGAGGAGCUGCAGACCUGGCUUCGAGAGAACCAACCAGGGAGUGGAGAGGAAGCCGUGGUGAUGCUGGAGGAGCUGGAGAAAGAGCUUGACGAACCAAGGCAACAGGACACAGCUCAUGGCCAAGGAAUGAUCUGGAAGGAAAUGACUUCUGUGGGAGCACUGAAGUCGCUGAGUAUCCAGCUCGAGCCCUUGGAGAACCAGGGCAAGAAUGAGAUUCAGGAGCCCCAGGGUUACUGUGAGAGAGAUGGCAAGCUGGUGGCUGACAAAUUGUUGACAGCAAAGGAAGAAAUUAUUGAAUGUGUGGCAUCAGCAGCCAUGAUAUCCUCAAGACGACUCCCUGGGGAAACUCCUUCAGGACAGGUAGUUGAAGAAGCUUUGGGAGGUCUGGACAAUUUUGAGAAGCCAAAAGGAAGUGCUUCAGGGGACAAAAUGAGUCAGCUCCCUUCCCAGGAAAGACAUUUUAGCCUGACAAGCUUCAACAAGGAAAUCUCCACAGAAGAGAGUGUCCUGGAAUGUAAUGAAGGUGAAGGAAGUCUCAGUCUGAACUCAAAUGUUAUAACACAACCGAGAAUUCACGCUGGGGGAAAGCUCUAUGAGUGCUUCGACUGUGGGAAAGCCUUUUGCCAGAGCUCAAAGCUGAUUAGACAUCAGAGAACUCAUACUGGAGAGAGACCUUAUGCAUGUAAAGAAUGUGGCAAAGCCUUUAGUCUGAGCUCAGACCUUGUUAGACAUCAGAGAAUUCAUAGUGGUGAAAAACCCUACGAAUGUUGUGAGUGUAGAAAAGCUUUCAGGGGCAGCUCAGAGCUCAUCCGGCAUCGGAGAAUUCACACUGGAGAGAAACCUUAUGAAUGUGGUGAAUGUGGGAGAGCUUUCAGCCGGAGCUCAGCCCUUAUUCAGCAUAAGAAAAUUCACACUGGAGACAAAGGCUAUGAAUGUAUUGAAUGUGGUAAGGCUUUUGGUAGAAGCUCUAUCCUUACUGAACAUCAAAGAAUUCACACUGGAGAGAAACCUUAUGAAUGUAAUGAAUGUGGAAAAUCCUUCAAUCAGAGCUCAGCCCUCACCCAGCACCAGAGAAUCCACACUGGAGAAAAGCCUUAUGAAUGUAGUGAAUGUAAGAAAACAUUUAGGCAUAGAUCAGGCCUUAUGCAGCAUCAGAGAACUCACACCAGAGUUUAACUCUUUGGGUAAGAGUUGUACAACUAUGAAAUACUAGGAAUUCACUUUGGGGGUGAAUAAUGGGAUAUGUAUAUAUGAUAUGUUUGUGAUAUAAUGGG